GGAAAACAACCUCAAUGUAGUUGUGAUUAGUUUCUCUAUAACUAACAAAUUAUAUUUGCUAACUAAAAUUAUAUUCUUUAACAAACAAAUUUUAGCAAUUUUAGCAUAGGCUUGUUUCGUAGUACUGAAAUAUUGAUUCGUUGUUUCUCUGGUUCUGCAAAUAUUAGUUUUCAAUUCAUUGAUUCAUGUUGUUCCCUUCAAUCUUAACUAACUUAACCACUUAAUUCAACAAAUUGGUAAACUAUAUAUAUAUACACACACUUUUACAACAACAUUGCAUGUGUUACAUAAAUUAAUUAAAAGAAAUGAAACAGGACAUGAAUCUUGAAAACAAAUCAGGAAGAAACGAGUUUUUCCCUGAAGAUUCAUUUAAGAGUUGGGGUGAUUAUGGAAAAUCGUUUAUGAAAACACCAUUUCGGUUGAAAGAUAGAAUGUUUACACGUUCUAAAGAUUACAUAGAGAUUGUUGAAAUGAAAGCUCGAAGCAGCCAUCAAAUGAAGAAGACGUUAAGUUGGUGGGAUCUUAUUUGGUUUGGAAUUGGAGCUGUUUUAGGUUCCGGAAUUUUCGUUCUCACCGGACUGGAAGCUCGUGAGGAGGCAGGUCCCGCCGUUGUUUUGUCGUAUGUUGUCUCUGGUACCGCGGCUUUGCUGUCGGUUUUCUGUUACACUGAAUUUGCUGUCGAAAUUCCUGUUGCAGGUGGGUCAUUUGCAUACUUAAGAGUAGAACUAGGAGACUUUGUGGCCUUCAUAGCCGCCGGAAACAUACUCCUUGAAUAUGUUAUUGGAGCAGCCGCCGUAGCUCGGUCAUGGACCUCCUAUUUCGCCACCCUUUGCAACAAAAAUCCUGACGAUUUUCGCAUAAUAGUCCACAAAAUGAACCCUGAUUAUGGCCAUCUUGACCCUAUUGCUGUUGUAGCCCUCAUAUCCAUUGCAAUCCUUGCAAUCUUCAGCACAAAGGCUUCUUCCAUCUUCAACAAAAUCGCCACAAUUCUCCACUUAUUUGUCAUUGUCUUCAUCAUUGUCGUUGGCCUAAUCAAUGCUAACCCCGAAAACUACUCAUCAUUUGCGCCUUUUGGUACUCGAGGCAUUUUCAAAGCUUCAGCUGUUCUUUUUUUUGCUUACAUAGGUUUUGAUGCAGUUUCAACUAUGGCCGAGGAAACUAAAAACCCUGGAAGAGACAUUCCUAUUGGACUUGUUGGCUCAAUGGUGAUUAUCACUUUUAUAUAUUGUUUACUAGCAUCAACACUUUGCCUUAUGCAGAACUACAAAACCGUCGAUAUCAACGCGCCUUUUUCCGUUGCAUUUAGUUCAAUUGGAUGGGGAUGGGCUAAAUACAUUGUUGCAUUGGGAGCAUUAAAAGGAAUGACGACCGUUUUGUUGGUUAAUGUUGUCGGUGCUUCACGUUAUUUAACGCACAUUUCUCGUACUCACAUGAUGCCUCCUUGGUUUGCUCUUGUUCACGAAAAAAUCGGGACACCUUUGAAUGCUACAAUUGCAAUGGUUAUAUCUACAGCUAUGGUUGCAUUUUUCACAGAUCUCCGUAUUCUAUCGAACUUACUGUCGAUCUCAACUCUUUUUAUUUUCAUGCUUGUGGCAGUUGGGAUUUUAAUCCGUCGUUAUUAUUCGACCGGGAUAACUACUAAAGAGAAUCAAAUUAAGCUAAUUGUGUGUGUUGUGUUGAUUAUUGGAUCUUCAUGUGGCAUGUCUAGUUAUAGAGCAAUGAGUGAUGGUUGGAUUGGUUGGGCAGUUACUGCUCCUUUAUGGCUAUUAGGAACAGGAGGUGUUUGGUUUCUUGUUCCAGAAGUAAAGAAACCUAAAGUUUGGGGUGUACCUUUAGUUCCAUGGUUACCUUCUUUUUCUAUUGCUAUUAAUAUAUUUCUUCUUGGAUCUAUUGAUAAAGAUUCAUAUAUAAGGUUUGGGAUAUGGUCAGGGAUUUUGUUGAUUUAUUAUGUUCUCAUUGGGCUACAUGCUUCUUAUGAUGCAUCAAAGGAGGUUGAGAGUAGACAUUGUAUGGCUCAAUAUGUUGACAAGGAGAUUAAAAAUGUAGAAGAGGAAUGCAAAAAGUUAGAGGUAGGACAAUUGGCCAAAGAAGAUGAGUUGGGUACUAAAGUGUAAGCCUCUAUAGCUAUGCAUCAUUAUCUCUAUGAAAAUUUUAAAGUUUUACAACAAUAUUAUUAAUAUUAAGUGUGAAGCUCGUUAUCAUGGAUAACAAAACUUCAUUCACAUAAAAAGGACUAUGAAAUUUCUUUGAAGACCUCAAUAUCAAACAUAUGAAAUUUCUUUGAAGACCUCAAUAUCAAACACUUCACUUCCUAUGGGUUUACUAAGUGUUCAUAUCAAGUUAUGGGGAAUCUUGAAAAGUAGCAUAAGCUUUGCAAACUCUUAUGAAAUGAGAAUUGGAAUCAAAAUGCUUCCUUCUAAACAUUAAUGUAAUAGAAGUUGAG